CUGAAAUCUCCAGAAUUCCCAGCGUCAGCUAUGCGGGAAUCACGCCGGGCUCAGAGGAGGGCGACCCGUGAGUCGGCGUGGGCCUAUAGCCCUCACACGCCUGGCUGACUGACCCUCCCCAACCCCCCGUCUUUCAUCAUGCGCAGCCUCCUUCUUCGCUCCCGACUCGUCGGUGAAAACGACCUGCGACGUCGUCCAUCUGGAAAGGGCGGUCGCAAGGCCGAAAAGAACGUCAAGCGCUUCUACGAGGAGCAGAACGAGCACAUUGAGCGACUCCUCAAGCCUAUCCACGCUCAUGGACAAGACGAUGACAAUGACCGUCAGGACAACGCCUUCAAGGUCAAGAUUGCAGUCUACGGCAGCUUCGCCGCCAACUGUAUCCUGGCCAUCCUCCAAAUCUACGCCGCCGUAUCAUCUCUCUCUCUGUCCCUCUUCGCCACGGCGGCAGAUUCCGUCUUCGACCCCUUUGCCAAUCUGGCUCUUCUCUACUUGCACCGCAAGUCGACUCGCGUCGAUGACAGGAAGUGGCCCACCGGCGGUUCCCGCUUUGAAAAUGUCGGCAACUGCGUCUAUGCCUUCCUCAUGGGCACCGUCUCAUGCAUCCUCGUCGUCGAGUCCAUUCGAGACCUAGCCACGCACACCAGCGGCGACACCAACAAGCUUCAUGUUCCAUCACUAGUCGCAGUCGGCGUUGCCUUUUUCGUCAAGCUCUGCCUCUUCUUCUACUGCUUCGCUCUCCGCCGCUUCAGCUCCCAGAUUCAAGUCCUGUGGGAAGAUCACCGCAAUGACUUGGGCAUCAACGGCCUGGGAAUCCUCACCUCGGCCUUGGGCUCCAAGAUUGUGUGGUGGAUCGACCCAGCGGGAGCCAUGGUCAUCUCGGCCAUAAUUAUCACGAGCUGGUCGAUCACAGCAGCCAGGAACUUCAGAGAGCUCGCCGGCUACGGAGCCCCGCCCGACUUCUUGCAGCUCGUCACCUACGCGGCAUGGAAGUUCCACGACAAGAUUGAAAAGAUCGACGCUGUCAAGGCGUAUCAUACCGGGCCGACCUAUACAGUCGAGGUCGACGUCGUCUUUGAUCGCGAUACUCCCCUCUGGCAGUCGCACGACGUGAGCGAGGCGCUCCAGAAUCAGCUCGAGUCGCUUCCGAACGUCGAUCGGGCGUUUGUCCAUUGCGACUACGAGACGGAUCAUUCUCCCGAACACAUGGCUCGUCGCAAAGUAGUGUGAGCGAUCAAGACGAGCGAAAUACUGUACAUAGAAACACACAAUCGAACGAUAGUCAGAUGACUGAUGUCGCGCAAGCGGAUGUGGCGGCAAGCAGCCGCGCCUUGAGUCAUUGUGGUCAGCAGGCCAGAGCGCACGGGCC